AUGUCCUCGAGAAACCAAACUUUGCCCAAAAACUUUCAACCACGUCACUAUGUUAUAGAGAUAAAUGAUUUGGAUGUGGAGAACAACUCGUUCUCUGGUCAUGUCGUUAUAGAUCUGAAGUGCAUCGAUCCUUCGGAUACUGUGUUUCUAAAUUCCAGGGAUAUUAGCAUCUCAAGCGCGGUUGUAGAGAUAGAUGGACGUGAAGUUAAUUGCAGUUCGACGCAAUAUGAUACAGCAUCUGAGGUGUUGGAAUUCAAAUUUAGUGAGGAAUUCACGAACGACAUCAAGAUACAUAUUGACUAUAUUGGUUGCAUACAAACAAAUAUGAGUGGCUUUUACCGAUCAGAUUUCCAGGAUCCGUUGACUGGAAAUCCGCAAUAUAUGCUGUCUACCCAAUUUGAGGCCACCGAUGCCAGAAGAGCAUUUCCAUGCAUGGAUGAACCACUUUUAAAGGCUAGCUUCGAUGUUAGUAUAGUUGCACCCUCAAACUGUACUGUCUUAUCAAACAUGCCAUUAAAAUCGGCUAAAACUCUAACGGAGCAAGAUUUGAUCAUGCAUCGUUUCCACACAACACCAUUGAUGUCUACAUAUCUAGUCGCAUGGGCUAUUGGUGAAUUGGAAUACAUUGAAGGCCACACAGAAAUGGAAAUAUACCCUUCCAUUGAAGGUUAUUCAACACAGUCAGGAUUAUCCCCCCAAACAAUCAAACUGCCAAUUAGGGUUUACACAGUGAAGGGCAAAUCCCAACAGGGCCAAUUUGCCUUAAGCGUUGCUGCAAAAGUCAUAGAUUAUUUUUCGAGUUUAUUUGAUAUUCCUUACCCCCUUCCGAAAUUGGAUUUAUUAUGCGUAGAAACGUAUUCACACAAUGCUAUGGAGAACUUUUCUCUAAUUACGUUUAGACCAACUGCUUUACUUUUCGAAGGUGACGUGAACUCAGGAAAUCCGUUAGCUCUGCAAAAAAUCGCAUACGUUGUGUCUCAUGAGAUUGCUCAUCAGUGGUUUGGAAACCUAGUUACAAUGAAAUGGUGGGACGAGCUAUGGCUCAAUGAAGGUUUUGCAACUUGGGUUGGCUAUCAUGCUGUUGCAAAAUUCUUUCCACAGUGGGAUGUUCCGUCUUUAGUCAUGUGGAAAUCACACGAAGUUGCAUUAGAGCUGGAUUCAUUACGAGAGUCACAUCCGGUGAAAGUAAAUGUCAGGAACGCUAAAGAUAUUGAUCAGGUAUUUGAUUCUAUCUCAUAUUUAAAAGGUUGUUCAGUACUUGAAAUGAUAAGUGGAUUUUUAGGCGAAGAUGCUUUUUUGAAGGGAGUAGCCUUAUAUUUGAAAAACAACAAGUUCUCGAAUGCUACGAUGGAAGCUUUGUUUGAUUCUAUAACGGAGGCAACUGGGGUUAAUGUUUUGAGGCGCCUUCAGGAUUGGAUACUUAAAAUCGGUUUUCCGUUGAUAACAGUAUCACGCCUGGAGAACGGCGAUGUUUCCGUUACACAAUCAAUGUUUUCGUCUACAUCAGUAGCUCCCCCUAAUAAUCCACAACCCAUUUGGUGGCUUCCACUCAUGCUCACGAAUCAGGACCAUCUCGAGAAUCUCGAGCUGUCAAAGAAGAGCAUGGCAAUUAGCUUACCAAAAGACCAAUUCAUCUUCUUCAAUACAGAUGGAUACGGAUUUUACCGCGUAAAGUAUGAGGAUAGAACAAUUUUAAAGACCAUCUGUAAAAACAUUGACUCUUUAUCUUCGAGAAGUAAAAUGGCGCUCAUAUCCGAUUUACAAAUUACGGGAUCUGCUGAUACGCUGUUGGAUGUGAUCUCGCAUUUUAUUGACUCGCAAGAUCCCAAUGAUUAUUAUGUCUGGGCAAUGCUAAUUAACGCAUGCUUCACACUGUCUUCUCUCUUGUACAGAUGCAGCGAUCACAAUAUCUCAACAAAGUUAAAUCAGUUCAUUUUAAAACUUAUCGAAAACCAAUUAGACGAUGCACUAAAAUAUUUGGAAAAUCCUGAUGCUAUUAUUCUUUGCAAAGAUGACGAGAAAAGGGCUUUAAAGGCUCAAUUUUAUGAGCAGAUUCUUAUCGCUGCAGGGUUAUGCUCUUAUAAGAAAGUAGUGACCCAGUGCUCCCGACUAUUCGCCGAAGAAAAGGUGACAGCAAUAAACAGGAACAUAGUUCUUACCACAGUUCUCUGCCAAGACGAUACACCCUUGACCAUAUUCGAACAGGUUGUAAAAGAACUCGCCACCGCAACUCUUACACAUAAGGAGAUUAUAUUGACUGCAUUGGGUAAGGUUCAAAAUCCCCAAUUGUUUGACGCGUCUCUAAAUCUAAUUUUCAAGGCAGAACCAAUGGAUUUGCAGUUCCUUGCCGAAUCUUGGGGAAGCAACCCGAAUAUUCGUUCCCAUCUUUGGAAUUACAUUAAGAUGCAUUACGAUCGCAUCUACGAGCGUAUUAGCCUCAAUUCCACAGUAACUGAUCGGUUUUUCAGAUUUUCUCUUAAAGAUUUGGUUGGUUUGGAUUUACGAAGAGAGUUGGCCAAUUUUUUUAAGGGCAAGAACUUAGACGGCUUUGAUAGGGGCAUAAGACAGACCCUGGAAAGAAUAGAGAAAAAUACCGCCUACGCGAACUCGAAUAUAAAUGGUGUUAAAGAGUUUUUUAACUGCUAG